CCUGAAAGAAUGAUCAGUCCUAGUUUGGAAAUGAAAGUGCAAAAAGGAGCCCUGUCAUUAGAAACUUUUUUCCCCAUAAAUAAUACCUUCAAGAUCAGAACGAGAGGGGAAAAGGCGGAGAUACUAAGUCACCUGGAAUCGGUGUCCUUACUGCAGCUACCUCUGGAAGAACCGUGUGUGUUUGUAGUAGGAGGUUAUUUCCGGGCAGAGUUACGUUUCUGAAAAUCAAAAGCUGUAACGAUUGAAAGUGUUUUCUGUUUUGCAUGUCUUCGGCCCUUUGUGGGAGCCGGGGCUCGGGAGUCACUCACUUAGUCCAGUGUCCUCUUAAAUUACAGGAAUUGUUUAUAGAAGACUCUCUUGUGCUUAGGUUCUUAAAACUUUAAACGUGUCCACAGUGGGUUUUGUUUUUAAUUUAACUUAUAUCUUAGUAUUUAUAGUAGUUCUGUAACUCAUAAGGAAAGCAGCAAAGACCAGCCUGCAUCUGUUUUUCAGGGGAAACAUAUUUGUUUUUAAAAGAAGUCAAAAUAUUUUCUGAAUGUUACAGUUCAUUCCCAGGGCUUGUUCUGAAGCUGUUGAAUGAUGGACACAGUAGUAAUAAAUCAGGUGUUUGUCAUAUUUUUGGCCAUGAGAGCAGUAAUUAUCUGAAUUUUGGAUGUUCGGGCCAAUAGAUAUCAACAGUUUCUGAAAGUGGUAGUCUGCUUUAAAUAUUUAUAACUCAGUGUUUUUUAAUAGGUGCUGCAGUAUAAAGUAAGGUUGCUUUUAAGUAGCCUGAAAUAGUUAUGUUCUUCAGAUUACGUCUGUAGGUACAAAAUCAAAUUGGGUAUUAUUUUUGGAUUUAUCUUUCUUACUUGGGAUGCUACUGAAAUUUGGUGAUGAAAUUCUCACUAUCCGUGCUGUUGACAAGUCCUGGAAAACCUGCAUGAAAUAUAACAGUAGCGACUGUUACCUUUGUUUUAGGGCAGCUUCAGAGCUAAUCAGUUCAGUGUUUCUCCCCAGGAGAAGAGAACUCUCAUCGUAGCUGGGCUGCAGACAAUGUGCAUUGUCAGCUUCUGGCUGUUCCUUGGUGUGAGAGGAGAAGUACGCAGCCUGUCACAAACUGAAGGGGCAAGAACCCUUCUUGUAGUGUAAAUUCUACAAAUACGUAAAGGUUUCUUCCCCUGUUUCCUGUAAUGGCGUGUGAAGCAUUUGUCUGUUCUACUGGGAGAUAACUUUUAAGACCUAGUAACUGUUUCCUCCUUUUGUGAUCUGUAUAAUUCUCUACUUUUAAACUACAGUUUUUCAGAUUCCUCUCACUAUGGGAAGCAGGAGGCCACAUUCCCUUCCCCUUGUUCCCUUCCCAAAGGAAAAUGCUUGCUUUUUGUGCCCCAAGAGGCUUCAGACUUGCCCUGAAGUUACUGUUUAACAGGAAGGGAGCAAGUUGGUUCCAUUCAGGAACAAAUUCUCUCAUAAGUGGAGGAUGGGAUACAUCUUCCUGGGGCUUAACUUCAAAUACGGAACCACAGAAUCAGCCGGUAUCACCAACAGCAAUCACUAAGCCAGUGAGGAGGACAGUAGUAGAUGAAUCUGAAAACUUCUUCAGUGCCUUCCUCUCUCCGACGGAUGUUCAGAGUAUACAGAAAAAUCCAGUGGUAUCCAAACCUCCAGCCAAAUCACAGCGACCCAAAGAGGAGGUGAAAAGCACCUUAAAGGAGUCUCAGCACCCCAGUCAGCUAGAAGUACCAGUGACAACUGAGGCAGAAGUGAAGGAUUCCUCUGUAGCUGGCCUGGUGGACCUGAAAAACUUCGAUAUUCCCAAGGAGAAAUUGGAAGAGAAUUCUGCGCUUAGAUCUAAUGCCAAGCCUGAAGAAAGCACAAAUGAAGUUACUGACAAAAAGGUGUCUGCUCUGAAUUUGGAAGCACCUGAAGAUGCUCUUAAUGAAAAACCCAGUGUAGGAGGGGAUGGAGCGGGAGGUGCACCGGAUAGCACUUCGCAGCCUCUUAAUGCAGGUACAAAAGACAUGGGUUUGGAAACAAAGGAGAGAAAGACUGAGGACAGGCAAAGCAAUACACCAUCACCUCCAAUUAGCACUUUCUCUUCGGGGACAUCCACAACUAGUGACAUUGAAGUUCUGGACCAUGAAAGUGUAAUAAGCGAGAGCUCAGUAAGUUCCAGACAAGAAGCUGCGGAUUCAAAAUCCAGUCUUCAUCUAAUGCAGACAUCAUUUCAGCUUUUAUCUACGUCUGCCUGUGCAGAUUAUAAUCGUUUAGAUGACUUUCAAAAAAUGACAGAGAGCUGCUGCUCCUCUGAUGCUUUUGAAAGAAUUGAUUCCUUUAGUGUACAGUCUUUAGAUAGUAGAAGUGUAAGCGAAAUAAAUUCAGAUGAUGAGUUAUCAGGCAGGGCUUCUGCUUCAGCAUCUGUUGCUGUCAGUCCUUCUGCGCCAAAGACGGAAACGGUUGAUGCACUGAAAAAUAAAUCUGAAAACUUGAAUGACGCUCCUGUUUCACAUGCUGAGGAAGCUGAGAUGGAAGAGAGUGGGAGAAGCGCGACUCCUGUUAAUUCUGAGCAGCCAGAUGUUUUGGUUGCUACUGUGCAAGCUGUUGAAGAACAGAUUGUGAAAGAAGAGACUGAGCCGCAGCAGGAUACUGUUGAAAAUCUGUUAGAAGAGGACACUGAAAAGCAAGAGUUUAAAAAGAUGAUUGAUUCAUUAACUGAGAAACUGGAGAAGAGGGAGAUACAGUUAUUAAGUACUAGUAAAGAAAAGGCACGCCUGGAAGAAGCUUAUGAUAACCUAAAAGAUGAAAUGUUUAGAAUGAAAGAAGAGAGCAGUAGCCUUUCAUCUCUUAAAGAGGAGUUUGCCCAGCGAAUUGCAGAUGCUGAAAAGAAGCUCCAGCUAGCCUGCAAAGAAAGAGAUGCUGCUAAAAAGGAAGUAAAGACUGUUAAAGAAGAAUUAGCUACUAGACUUAAUACCAAUGAAACUGCUGAAUUACUGAAAGAAAAAGAAGAGCAAAUCAAAGGAUUAAUGGAGGAAGGAGAAAAGCUUUCUAAACAGCAGCUGCACAAUUCCAACAUUAUUAAGAAAUUAAGGGCCAAAGAGAAAGAGAGAGAAAAUACUAACACAAAACAGAGCAAAAAGAUUAAGGAAUUGGAAGAGGAGUUGCAGCAUUUAAAACAGGUGCUUGAUGGCAAGGAAGACCUUGAGAAGCAGCAUCGAGACAGCAUUAAACAACUGAACAGUGUUGUAGAGCGACAAGAAAAGGAUCUCGCUAAACUUCAGGCAGAAGCAGAAGACCUUGAAGAACGGAACAGAAGCGUCCAGGCAGCACUUGACAGUGCAUACAAGGAACUUGCAGAUCUUCAUAAAGCUAAUGCUACAAAGGACAGUGAGGCACAAGAAGCAGCCCUAAGUCGGGAAAUGAAGGCAAAGGAAGAACUUGGGUUAGCUCUGGAGAAGGCCCAGGAUGAGGCACGACAGCAACAAGAAGCUCUGGCAAUUCAGGUGGCAGACCUGAGGCUAGCGCUGCAACGUGCAGAACAGCAGGCAGCAAGAAAGGAAGACUAUUUACGCCAGGAAAUUGGUGAACUACAACAGAGACUCCAAGAAGCAGAGAGCCGGAACCAAGAACUAAGUCAAAGUGUUACAUCUGCUACACGGCCACUUCUCCGGCAGAUAGAAAAUCUGCAAGCCACGCUGGGAGCACAAACCUCUGCAUGGGAAAAACUGGAAAAGAACCUUUCUGACAGACUUGGUGAGUCUCAAACUCUUCUAGCAGCAGCUGCUGAGAGAGAACGGGCUGCUACAGAAGAACUUCUUUCUAAUAAAAUUCAGAUGUCUUCUACUGAAUCUCAGAAUAGUCUUUUAAGGCAAGAAAAUACACGCCUUCAGGCUCAGCUAGAAGUGGAGAGAAACAGACUGAAAAAAAUGGAAAAUGAAAACAGCAGGUAUGAGGUUGAACUAGAAGGACUCAAAGAUGAGUAUGCAAAAACCUUGGAAGAUGCAAAGAAAGAAAAGACGCUGCUAGCUACUCAGUUAGAAAUGGAGAAGAUGAAAGUUGAACAGGAAAGAAAGAAGGCAAUUUUCGUGCAAGAAGCAGCAAAGGAGAAGGAUCGGAAGUCAUUCACAGUUGAAACUGUCUCAAGUACUCCAACUAUGUCACGCUCUAGUUCCAUAAGUGGAGUUGACAUGGCAGGUCUUCAGACAUCGUUCCUCUCACAGGAUGAUCCUCAUGAUCACUCAUUUGGGCCAAUAGCUACUAGUGGGAGCAAUCUUUAUGAUGCUAUAAGGAUGGGAGCAGGUUCAAGUAUAAUUGAAAACCUUCAAUCACAGCUAAAACUAAGAGAAGGGGAGAUUUCACAUCUACAGCUGGAAAUUGGAAACCUUGAGAAAACUCGGUCGAUAAUGGCAGAAGAACUGGUUAAAUUAACAAAUCAAAAUGAUGAACUUGAAGAAAAAGUGAAGGAAAUACCCAAAUUACGUUCACAGUUAAAGGAUUUGGAUCAAAGGUACAAUACAAUUCUUCAGAUGUAUGGGGAGAAAGCGGAGGAGGCUGAGGAACUCCGACUGGAUCUCGAAGAUGUGAAAAACAUGUACAAGACUCAGAUAGAUGAACUUUUAAAACAAAGACAAAAUUAAUUCCUGCAAAUUAACAUUAUAUGAUAACAGAUUGUAAAGAUAAUUGUUUAUGUAAAUGCUGAAUUUAAAUGUCUUGUAAAAAAAAUAACUGUAUUAUAGAAAGUGUGACUAUAUAAUAGAGUUCAUAUGUUGACAAAAAAACAAUGCUUUAAGUGUCUUGUACUGUCUGCAGUUAAAUUAUUUGUGCAAUAUUUAAAAUUUUUUCUCAGUCAUCCCUUUAUUUAAGUUUUUGCUAAACAGUGGACCAUUUGACUUGUAAACAGUAGCAGAAAUGAUGAUUGUUACCUCGUGAGACCAGCACUGGAAGGCAUGAGUUUUACUAAACCAGCCCUGGAUUCAUAAACUCUGUAUGAAAAUUACGUUAGAAGUCUUUUUUUUUUUUUUAAGUGUUCUUAAUAGGAGUUUUUCUAAAAUGUCAUCAGUAAAUUUUUUAAUAGCAAAAUAGUAGUGGCUUGCUAUCUGAAGCAUAAUUGGUGGAUGUUUUUAUGACAGGAAAAUCUCAUAUUUGUACUCACAACACCUGAACAUGUUAGGGUGACAGUGCUCUAAGAAAAAUCAGAUUAGUCUAUUUUACACUAAGUCCUUUAAGCAGAGUGUGAGGCUCAGAUGAGACUUUAUAAAUUACAGCUUCACCUUGUGUAUUGCUUGUGUUGUCUCAUGAGCUCUCGUAGAGACUGCAGCUCUGCUUGUAAUUCUAAAUGUGUUUAACUUUUAACACUGGAAAUCUGAACUCGUCAAUAUUUGUUCUAGAUUUGGAUGCUGACUUUUAAGAGUAGCUAAAAGUUCAGAAGAAUGCAGAAAAAUGUUGGUGGUUUUUUUUUUUUUUUAAUUAAUUGCUGCUGCUCUCAUGGUUCCUUGUAUAUAAGUAGCAAGGUUUAGACUUUUUGCAAAAUUGUACUGUGACUUAAUAUAGUUUUCAAGCAAGUCUCCAGUGGCUGCAAAGCAUUUCUCAUGCCAUUCCUAAGCAAGGUAUUGGUCAAACAGCAUCCACGUGGCUUGAAGUUUAGCUGCAAUUUUGGUAAUGUCAGAGGAAACGUUUGAAUUGGACCCCUGGGAGUGCUGAGAAUUGGGGGAGAAGCUUGUGCCUUCCUCUCCACAUUCCAGACAGCAAAUAUGUUGCUGCGUCUCAGAACUGCAGCCGUGAUAGGUACUCGUGUGAAAUACUCAGGCAGUUGAAAUUCUUUGCUUAUGGUACUGUUGCCUCUGUUGCGAGAGGGUUUUUUCACAUCUGUGCAUGUUGUAAUUGGUGUUGGAGAACUCUCUGCCUGCUUGUGUAUUCAGUAGCCUGAGAGAGAUAAAGGCUGUGAAUGAUGAGAAAUUGCUCCUGGAGAGAAACCUCUCAGUAAUAGGACUUUUCUAGGGCUCUUAGGGAUUUAGUCCUCAUUGGGAGAACAGUUAGUCACUGAAGGUACACAGGCAAGGGUACAGUCGUGGAAAAGCCUAGUUCAGUUUGAGGUUCAAGCAGUUAUUCCAAGGAUUUCAAUAAAGCCAGAGAGCAAGAACACUAAAAUUUGUCUUAACUACCCACCUGUUACAGAAACUUUAACUGCUUUAAUAAAAGACUUUUUUUCUUUUCCCCCCUCUGAACGGGGAGGUGGGAAGGAACUGCCCUCUUACUUAGUUUCAGUUUCAGAAACCAAGGUGAAAGCAUUUUUUCUUCUAAAUAACCUCAGAAUUUAACGCUUUGCCUUCGUAUUGAAGCAUGGUUGGUUGCUC